UACGAAAAAUACCAACGUAAAUUAAUGGAAAUGCAGGUCGAUGAGGAGAGGGAGCUGGUAGGGUUUCAAUCCAAUUCUCAUCCCACGCAAUCACAGGUAAUAAUCCUUGCAAAUACAAUCUCUCCAUUUCGAUUCGAAUUUCAAUCUGAAUAUCGAAAUUUCGUCUCUAGAUUCAAUUUCUCCCUGUUUUCCCCAUUCCAAGAUGUUGUUUUUGUUGUCGGAUUUGUAUUUUUCAGACUGUUAGCUCAACAUUCGUCCUCUCUUUCGUCGAUUCAACUCGAGAAUGGAUCCAAUCUUGCCUUUUUAGGGUUUCUCUAGCUUGAUUUUGCGCCAGCAGUAUCAGUCAUCGCAUUCGGGUUUAGGUUUCUCGGGUAAUUAGGGUUUAGGGUUUUAGGAGUUGCUAGGGUCUCCAUCCGAUUCCUAGAUAAGGCCUAACAUCUCUCGCUCAGGUCAGAAGCUCCCCUUCCGUCUCUUCCUCUUUCAUAUGUUUUUCCGCUUUUCACCUUCAUAGAUAGAGAGAAAUACAAUGCUGUUUAAGAGCGGCGAAUGGCCUUAAAGCUUCCACCUUUCCUUAUUUCCAAGCAACUUCACAAAUGGGUCUCUCUAAAUUCAUUCUUUUCUUCGAUUUCAUGUGCCGCCCACACACAAAAUGUCCCAGAAGCCGAUCAAAACCCCCCAGUUUCCGCCGAAUUCGAAGCCACCAUCCGUUUCCUGAAGAAAAAUGUCCAUCCGGAUCGGCUUAUCACCGUUUUGGAUUCCACAAAUGAUUUGGACUCGGCUGUUAAGAUCUUCAAAUGGGCUUCUGUACAAAACAGGUUUUGUCAGACCGCCGAUGCAUACUCCCGCAUGAUUUUGAAGCUGGGUCUUGCUGGGAAUCUCCAGGAAAUGGAGCUUUUUGUGCACAAGAUGAUGAAGGCCGCUUGCCUGGGUACAGAUGAAUCUUGCGUCUUGUUGAUCGAAUCUUUUUGCCAGAAUGGUAAAGUUCAAGAAGCUUUGCUGGUGUUUGAGAUUAUGAGUUUGGCAAAAUACAGGCCUUCAAUCUCGACUUGCAAUGUUCUAUUGAGUACACUUGUCAAAGAAAGGGGUGAUUUUCAGUCUGUUGUGUUUGUUUACAAGGAGAUGGUGAAAGCGGGUAUUUUUCCUAGUGUAGAUACCUUGAACUUUCUAAUAGAAGCCUUGUGUGGGACUGGUCGGAUUGAUGCUGCAUUGGAGCAGUUCCGUAGAAUGAAGAAAAAGGGCUGUAGUCCUAACAGCAGGACCUUUGAGCUAGUCAUCGGCGGUAUUUGCAUGCAGAAUAGAGUAGAUAUAUUGACUAAGAUAUUGGAUGAGAUGUUUGAGGCCGGAUGUACACUGGAUCAUGAUUUUUGUAAUAAUUUCAUACCUUUGUUUUGUAGAGUUAAUAGAUUGGAUGAGGGACUCAGAUUGUUUAGAAUGAUGAGAGGUUCGGAUCUUUUGCCUGACUUGUCUGUGUACAGUGCUUUGAUUGGGUGUUUUUGCGAAAAUCUAUGGUUGGAUGACGGAGUUAAUCUUCUUUCCGAGAUGAUAGAUACUGGUCUAAUGCCAUCGGCUAAUAUGUAUGUGGAUAUCGUGAAUGGGUUUUGUAAGUUGGGGAAAUUCAGUGAAGCUAUGAUGUUUUUGGAUGAGAAGUCUGUUUUCGAGACUGCCGCAUACAAUAGCUUGCUUGAAGGUUACUGUGCUGCAGGGAGAUUUUUUGAGGCAAAUGGAUUUCUCUGGAAGAUGGUUGAGAUGGGUAUGUGUGAUAAUCUUUCCUGGAAUAUCCUGAUUAGAAGACUUGGUGAAGAGGGGCAUAUUGGUAAAUGUUUUGAAGUUCUCAAUAGGAUGAUUGUUUGUUCUUAUAUGCCUGAUGAUGCCACCCAUUCUGCUCUUAUCAUUGGCCACUGUAAAAUCUGCAAACAUGCGAACGCUGUUGAUCUCUUUCGUCUGGUUCGUCUCAAAGAAUGGUGUUUGGAUUCAGCAACUUAUGCGGAACUGAUUGAUGGUCUUUGCCACACGGAGAAGAUUCAAGAGGCUGCCGAGGUCUUUCAGUAUAUGUCUGGUAAAGGAUGCAGUCUCAGUACUUUGUCAUUCAAUCUACUGAUUGAGUGGAUUUGUUUGAUGGGAAAGGUGGAUGAAGCUAUCAAGCUACGAUCUUUUGCAUUUAGUAGCAGGACUUCCUCAAAUCCAGUAACAUACACUACGAUUAUGCUUGCUCUGUGCAAGUUGAACAGAUCCAAGGACAUAUUAGUGCUGCUGUCCCAAAUGUUGGUAGAGGGGUGUACUUUAGAUGCAACAGUGUACUCCAUCCUAAUACAUGGAUUGUGUGCACAGAACAGGAUAAAAGAUGCUGCCCUCUUGUUUGAUCAAAUGGUCAGUGACGGUUUUGUUCUUGAUUCGGAAACACUAAGCAAGCUACUGUCUUCUUUGGCAAACCAUUCUCAAGUGCACAUGGUGACGGAUAGUUUAAACAAAAUUCCAUCUGAAGUUCUUAGUCCCUCAAUCUACAACUUGGUUGUCAAUGGCCUUUGGAAAGAGGGCCAUAAAAGUGAGGCUUGUAAGUUCUUGGACUGUAUGCUGGAAAAAGGGUGGGUCCCAGAUACCAUUACUCAUGGUUUGCUGAUUGGAAAUGCUGACAGAGAAGGAAUGGAUGGGUUACCAUUUGAGGAUGCUGGUUUGCAUGAUAAAGUUAGCAACAUAUUGGCUGAGGGACUGGAUGAACUGAGUUAAUUUAUGCUUGAAGAAUAGCAUAAAGCUAUGCCAAUUUAUUGUUCCUGUAUUUGCGCCAUUCCUUCUGAUGGCCUAGAGUCUGCUACUACGUUUCAAUUUCAGAAGGGAAUUUGGCUCUUCUUUUGAUAACAUAUCUAUUCUUAAAUCAAGGCCGGAUAGACAGCAGAGAGACGAUUGCUUAAAUGUAGUGGUGUUCAAGGCUUUCCAGUGGCAUUGAUCAUCCCCUUAUUCCACUCUGCCUAAACUGUGGUUGUAAUUUCACGAAUUUCCCUGUGACAUUAUUUUUGCCCAGAUAAUUGGCAGUUUGGAGGACUGUUGAACAUGUACCAUGAACCACUUAUCUUUACCAAGCUUGACCGCAUGGCAAAUGUAAUUACGUUCCAGGAGAUUGAGAUGCCCAUAUGUAAACAGGCUGUGUAUUCUCGUGAAGCUGUAUAAGCAGCAGUGGAACCUAAUUAAUUCGGCGACCUACCUUUCUGGAGCAAAAGCAUUCUUUCGGAUCCUGGAGCCUGUCAAGCAAACUUGAUUCUUCUCAUCGAAAAUCCAUAUUCAGGUACUCUGAUUUGCAGUUUGCAUUAUUUGAGGACAGAGGAAGGGUUUUAACUUUCAAUCAGUGAUGCAGGUAGCUUUUCUUUUCACAGUCGUGGGCACCACCAGUUUUCUUGGUGUGUUGGCUGGCCAGCUUCCUGGGGGUUUGCCCCAUUUUGAUUGCUUAUGGCUGCGUAAAAUGAAAGCUGUCCCAUUUUGCUGACUCCAUGAACUGGUGUUAUUUUUUCUCGUCAUUUCUCUUUUAUAACGGCUUUGAUGUGUGUUUGGAUGCCAUGUAGGAUGCCCUAUCACAAUUGGGACAGUUCAUUCAAUAGUACCAUUGGGAGCAAGUCAUGAUUCAAGAAUCAUGUUGAUCAGUAGAUCUUCACCCUUUGAAUGGGACCAAUUUGUUACCACCAUCCACUGUUUACUAGCAAUGGAUCACAUGGUUAGAACAACCAAACCAAAGUGCUACUUUGGAAUUAUAAGCAAUACAAAUUGGGAUCUAUCUAAUAGAUGUUUCAAAAUGAUGAUUAGACCUUUUUUUGUUUCUCUGCUCAGUCUUGACUGUCCAUUUUCCAUGCUAUUAUUCAGAUGCUUAGGAUCAUUUUCCUUGUUUUUCAGAUCCUUUCCUCAUUUGGACCCCAUGUUGGGAUUACAUGUGACUAGGAUGAACCACAGGUUGCACGUGUUUGGUUGCCCAAUAAUGAUUCUGGUUGGUUGCAAGAAAAAAGGUGUUAUUUGUUGUUUGCGUUGGUGUUUGGAUGGCAUGUUGUUUGAUGUUUGCUCUGGCAGUUGGAAUGCUGAAGUUUAAAGAAUCAGCAGAGGCUUCUAUUGUGGUCGAAGAGCAUCAAAGCAUGCAUGCCUUAUCGCCGGCUGGUCUCAUCUUCUGUUUUAUGGCUGUGAUUUGCUGAGGAGAUGCUGCAGCUACUUUCAGUCCCAGCUGAUGUACGGUUUUGCCUGUUUGGCAAUAUAAGGCUAUGUGGCUGCGUGGAAGGUUGUAUUGCUAUAAACAUUUGUAGCAUGGAAAACGGCAUUCAUGUGCAUUUGCAGUCUGUUUUGAAAACAUUAAAUAGACCAUUAACUAUUUCAUUGGUA